AACACUAAUUGUUAAUGAAUUUUAUAUUGUAAUCUCCAAAUAAAAAUUGUUAAAACAAAAAAAUUGGCCCAAAACUUAAUAUUGGUGUUAUAUUUUCCAUAAUAGACUAAGGAAACUGAUUCUAAUUCCUAAUAUAUAGCUACAAUUAUCAACUUCAACACUUGAUUACACAAACCCUAAUUCUUUCUCCAAAUCAACAAUGGCUUCCAAGCGAAGGCCUUACUAUGAAACUUCAUCACCUGAUGACGAUUCUAAUCUCAUGCAACUCACCAAGCGAGUCAAACCAGAACAAAUUUUUCAGGAUGAUCCUGAGGAGGAUCCUGAAGAAGAUUUAAUUCCACAGGAAGCAAUUCAACUGAGCAAAGAUCACAAACCAUUGGUUUCCGGGGCCGACAGGAUUGAAUCCGGCGAUCCUGACGAAUCUGUCAGAAAAAUCGACAUGAGUUUUCGGUCAGGCGUUAUGAAAAGAGGUAUGUCCAGGAGAUUUUGGAAUGAGGAAGAUGAAAUUAUAGUUUUGAAAGGCUUGAUUGGGUUUAAUCAGAAUAAAACUGGCGAUUCUGGUACGUUUUAUGACUGUAUUAAGAACUCGAUGAAUUCAUUCGUCUCUCGGAAGCAAUUGCAUACGAAAUUUAAGGUUCUGAAACGGAAGUUUCGGAAAAAUAUAGAUAAAUCUGAGGAAGAGAAAAAUUUGAUUUUCUCUGCGAAUUCGCACGAGAAAGAAUUGUUUGAGCUUUCUGAGAAGCUAUGGGGAGGUAAUUAUAACAACAAUGUUAGCGAUUUUCGAGUUGUCAAAGAAGACGAAGAAGACGGGUAUGGCAUUGGCAUUUGUAAUAAUUCUGCUGAGCAAGAGAAGGCUGAAGAAGAAGCUAAAGAAGACGAGGAUGUCGGUGAAGGUGAUUAUCAGUAUGGCAUUGGCAUUAUUAAUAAUUAUUCUGCAGAGCAGGAGAAGGUUGAAGAGGAUAAGGAAGAUAAUUUCUGGUCUAGGUAUCCGUGUCUCAAUGAGUCGAUGAAGAUGGAGCAAUUUUCCGAGUUUACAUUGUCGAAUUUUGUGAAGCAGAGAAUGUGUUGUAUUGGAAGCUCGAAAGCAAAGGUAUUGGAGGAGAAAUGGAGGAAGUUGCAAGUUGCGGAAACUCAGGUGAAACUUCUGAAAGCGCAAUUGAUUCAGGAACAGACAGAAAUGAUAUUAGAUGCUAUCAGAUAGUAAUUUUUUACAGUAAGCUUUGCACAGAUUCCUUGCUUCAGGAAAUGUAGCAUUCAUCUAUAUGGUUUAAAAUGUGACAUCGAUAUGUUGCGCGAAAACUUAUUGAGUAUAUUGUUUUCGCGGUUUCAGUGUUCACUUUUUCGUGCAUUUUGAUGAAUGAUUAUGCUGGAACUUAACUAGUUUUUAUGGGCAUUUUUCUUCUCAAUA